UCUGGUGAAAGCGUUUAUUUUGUCAGUUCUGUGAGAGGUUCUUCUGUGACAGUCUUCACCUGUGGCCUUGUGUUUGGAAGAAGGCAACACCUUGAAUGUGGGAGAUUAUUAACACGAUACUGGACAGUGGGAGAGUGGGACCCAGUAUCAUUUUUAAGAGCUGCUAUGGACUCAGAUUGAAGCAUCUGAAGUCAGAUGAAAUAUACUGGCUACACCCUGACCUUACUGUCCAUGAGGUCCUGACUAAAUAUGAGAGUCUGCACCAUGAAGCUGAAUGGAGGUACGACCUGAGGAUUCGUUUCCUUCCUAAAGACAUCAUGGAGAGUUUCAAACAAGACCGAACCACUCUGUUGUGUUAUUAUCAGCAGGUUCGCAGUGACUACAUGCAGGAGAUUGCAGCUCAAGUCAGUCAGGAGAUAGCCAUGAAGCUGGGCUGCCUGGAGAUCAGGAGGUUUUAUAAGGACAUGCCCCCGAAGGCCCUGGAGAAGAAAUCUAACUUUGAGUUGUUGGAAAAGGAGGUGGGUCUCGAUUUGUUCUUUCCUAAACAGCUGCAGGACAGUAUGAAGGCCAAACAUUUGCGUAAACUUAUCCAGCAAACCUUCCUGCAGUUUAGCCAGUUCAAGGAAGAUGAAUGCAUUUCCAAGUUUUUCGAAAUCCUUCGCACUGUCACCAACUUUGAACAAGAACAUUAUAAAUGUGAACUGGGUCAAGGGUGGACCAUCACUGUGGAGCUAGUCAUUGGACGUCAUGGAAUCGGCCAAGUGAUCAAUAAGGAUGGACCUAUCACCUUGGCAGAAUUCAGCCAAAUCAAGUCGAUCAAUUUUCUCCAUUCAGAGGGUGAAAAGAAAGCUUCCCUUCAGCUCGAAAUUAAAGGAGCUCCACAGCCAUUAACAAUCACAACCUCAUCAGUGGCGAUGGCAGAGAGCAUGGCGGAUUUAAUCGAUGGCUAUUGUCGUUUGGGGAGUGAAACCACCACCUCCUUCAUAGCGCAGCCCAAGCGAGCUCAUGAACUUCCAGAGCUGCCAUCACAACCCGAAUCUGAAGUGAAGAUAACUGAGGAGCCCAGAGCCAUUUUAUCAUGCAGCAGUUUCGGCUCCGAGAUCUACGCCGAAAUACCAGACACUCCUAAAUCUGCAGUUCCUCAGAACUCAGCCUCAAGAGACAAUAUCGUACUGGGCCGAAUUCUGGGUGAAGGAUUCUUUGGCCAAGUUUUUGAAGGAGUUUACAAAACAGCAAAAGGCAAACACAUCUCAGUUGCAGUGAAAACCUGUAAGACUGACUGCUCACUUGAAGUCAAGGAGAAGUUCCUGGUUGAAGGAACAAUCAUGAAGCCUCUUGACCAUCCGCACGUUGUCAAACUGAUCGGAAUCAUCGAAGAGGAGCCAGCCUGGCUAAUCAUGGAGCUGUAUCCCUAUGGAGAGUUGGAAAGCUACCUGGCAGCGAACAAAAACAACCUGGAAGUGCUCACCCUCAUCGAUUACUCCUUGCAGAUCUCCAAAGCUCUCGCCUACCUCGAGGGAGUGAAAGUUGUUCAUCGGGAUAUAGCAGUGAGGAAUGUUCUGGUUGCUGCUCACGAUUGUGUGAAAUUGGGAGAUUUUGGUCUCUCGCGAUACAUUGAAGAGGACAAUUAUUACAAAGCAUCAGUAACGAGGAUGCCAAUUAAGUGGAUGGCCCCAGAAUCCAUCAACUUCAGGCGGUUUACCUCCUCGAGUGAUGUGUGGAUGUUCGGUGUGUGCAUGUGGGAAAUUCUCAGCUUCGGGAAGCAGCCUUUCUUCUGGCUGGAGAAUCGGGAUGUGAUUGGAAUCUUAGAGAGAGGAGACCGGCUUCCCAAACCAGAGGUGUGUCCACCAACACUCUACACUCUGAUGACCCGCUGCUGGACGUAUGAACCACGCGAAAGGCCAAGGUUCUCAGAAAUAGUCUGUCAGUUAAGUGACAUUCACCAAGUGGAAAAGGAGCAGCAGAGGGAGAGGAAAUAUUGGACCCAGCGCCGUGCCACUGUCAGGAUGCCCGAUGGCCACAACACAGUCAACGAGGCUCCACCCAAGCCGGCCAGAGCAAGAGGAGUUGCCAGGAAGUCACCUCCUUUUCCCUUUCCGAAUGCAGGUCUCCAUGUACAAGUGCCCGAGUCUCUGUGUGCCAGUUCACCACACAUCCCCUGCUCUCCAAGUGAACAAGCCCCUGGUGACUUCACCAAUACCUCCUUUCAGAAACAGUUCCGACGCCUCAGUGUACGGGAAUCUGAUCUUAUUGGUGAGAUCAACAUCAAAGAGGAGGCACAGAAACUGCGGGAGAUUGAACAAGCCAAACUUCAGGAAAGGAUCAGGCAGCAACAACGAGAGAUGUUGGAGGAUAAAAAGUGGUUGGAGAAAGAAGAGAAACUUCUGGCUCCGAAUGAUAACAAGUCACAAAAUGACAGUGACCAGGAGACUUGCUACAGAGCUGAGUUCACAGUGCCACCUGAGAAACCUCCAAGGAAAAACUUGCCGCCGAUACAAGCAGCUCCCACUGCCAACCUGGAUCGCUCCGAUGAUACAAUCUAUCCUCUGGUCAUGGAACUGGUUAAGUCUGUGCUGCAUCUGAAGAACCAGGUCUACCAGCUCCCAUGUGAAGAGUACAUCAACCUGGUGAAGACGGUGGGAGUCAACCUUCGGAAAUUGACUGGCAGUGUGGAUGAGCUGUUGCCAUCGCUACCUGCAACAUCCCGCACAGAAAUCGAGGGGACGCAGAGGCUCCUGAAUAAAGACCUGGCUGAACUGAUAAACAAGAUGAAAUUGGCCCAGCAGAAUGCUGUGACCUCGCUGAGUGAUGAGUGUAAGAAGCAGAUGCUAACAGCUGCCCACACACUUGCUGUGGACUCCAAGAACCUGCUGGACGCUGUGGAUCAGGCCAGGGUUCGCGCAGGACAAGCCAAACCACUCCCUAACUGAUGCCAUCUCUAUCAAUUCGGAGAGCUGCCACACCAGGCGGGAAUGGGGUCCUUCACUGAAGCAAGCAAGAAAUGGAUUCAUUAAAAUCCAAGAUUAUAGGAACUGCAGAUGCUGGAGAAUCCGAGAUAACACGGUGUGGAGCUGGAUGAACACAGCAGGCCAAGCAGCAUCAGAGGAGCAGGAAGGCUGAUGUUCUAGGCCUGAAACGUCAGCUUUUGUGCUCCUAAGAUGCUGCUUGGCCUGCUGUGUUCAUCCAGCUCUACACCUUGUUAUCUCUCAUUAAAAUCCAAUAUGGGAAUGGGGGUUCUAUCAAGGUUGGGGGAGGGUGGGGUAUUGAUGAGGGCAUUAAUUAAGUAAAACUGGUAACCAUUUUCCUGGGAAGCAAAAGCGCUUUUGUUUGGAAGGGUGGAGGGGGCUAUUCAUGACUUUAAUUGAAAUGAUUCCAAGUACAACAGUGAUGCAUUUCAGCCUGAUCUCUGCCCAAGUUGUUAAAUAGUCACAGUAAUCCAUGGCAGAUGAUAGUUAGUGAAGGUGCCGGUGUUUUAACUAAACUCAGCACACUGAAGGACAAAAAUGCAAGUCAAGCUUGAAAUGCUAAAUUUGGGAGUGACUAAAAAGAUCUGGAAAUUGUAAGACAAGAUGGAAGCUUGUAUUCUUGAGUUGUUUUUGCUCAGUGUCAUGUACUCUACUCUGUAAAUAUCGAUAUUUAUAGUUUGCUGUUAGCACCAAGAAGCCUGACUGAAUGUUGCUGCCAUCUGCUCUCAUUGCCGUUAGGAGGUUAUCAGCUCCCUGUGCUUCUCUAGCCAAUACUCAGGUGGUUGGUGGUUUAUGAGGAAUCCUUACAUACCACAUUCUUCAGGGCGUGAGGAAGAACUGGUUUCCAAGAUACCAAGAGCCAGGAAAAUGGAGGCAGCUGCGAUUUGAUCCAAGCCUGUAAAUGACUGUGAAUGGUUGUAUUUCUGACUGUGUGAGAAUACGAGUGAUUUCGAUGUGGGUUUGAGGAUGAUCUGUGAUGUUGGAAUGGAAAAUCCUGGAUCAAAGAUUGAGGCUGUGUUUCUUAGCUUCAGGGUGGAUUAUUCCAAUGUGAGAAAAUUCUCGAAGUUUGGUCUUUUCACCUGGUUCUCUGUACCCAGCUGGUGGAAGCAGGCCGCAGUGUUAUCUCACUGUAUGAGCCUGUGCCAAUAACCAUAUGACCCCUCCAGUUUCAUAUUUAACCUGGUUUUUACACCACUUCCAGCUGCUACCUCAUGUGUCGCUCACAAACAGUGCAACUGAGACCAGGCACCCAGGGAGCCUGGUGAUCUGCCAUCUGAGAGUUAAACCAUUGCCCACUGCAGUUGUGUGACCUGUCCCUCUAAUUACAGCAAGACUGUAUUCACAGCAUUUGCCAGCCUCCCAGCUCAGCUUCAAUCACACCGACCUUGUGUAGUUUCAGAUCCUGCAGUUCAGUUCCCAUCCUGGGAUUUCAUUGCCAGAGCGAACAGAAUGGUCAGGCCCAGCUGAAGGUGAGGACUGAGGCUAUUUUUCAACUACAUUUUCGGGCAAGUGUGUGAAUGGGCACAUCGCCAUUGAAGCUCCCUGUCAGUGACCUGCUGUGUGCUGCUGCCCACUGCUGAUCCUAAGCUGAAAGGCCUCUGGUUAAUCCAACCCCUACAAUAGCCUGCAUGCUGCCGAUAUCAGAGACCAUAUCUCCACAACCAGGAAGGACAGGACCAAGCAAAAUCCCAAAUCUUGUCUGUUUGCUCUAUAUCCUGUGGCGGGGGGAGGGUUUGGUGGGGGAAGGACUGGGGCCUGGGAACAGUCCUAGCUUCUGCUGUCAAGCCCAAACACAUUUGCCAUAAUCACUUCUGUCUUCUUACCUGGAACACAGCCCAUCGUUCUUGUCUUACAAGCUACUGAAGAUUCCGGAAUGGGAACGCUGUUCCUGGAGCAUGCAGAUUUGGACUGUCACACUGACUAAUGCAGGGUCUGAAAAAUUCAACCCGACCCAGUUACUAGCUCCCGGGAAUAAACAGCCUGAGAAUCCUUGGUAAACCUGGUAGGAAUCUAGUGGAAUUGUCAGGUCAACAUCUGCGACACAGUUAAACCAGACUAUUGCAAUAUCCCACAACUCCUUAUUACACAGGAAAGCAGACAGAAUUCAUUUUCCUACAUAGUAUUCACUUUUCUCCUAAUUUACUUUUUAUUCCCUUGUGGCAUGUGGGUAUCACUGGCUGGGCCCAGCAUUUCUUGCCCUGCCACUAGUUGCCCCUUGAGAAGGUAGAGGUGAGCUGCCUUUUUGAACUGCUGUAAUCUGUGUGCUGGGGGUUGACCCACAGUGCCAUUAGGGAGGGAAUUCCCAGCAACACUGAAGGAACAGUGACUUAUUUCUACGUCUGGAUGGUGAGUGGCUUGGAGGGGAACUUGCAGGGAUGGUGUAUCUGCUGCCCUUGUCCUUGUAGCUGGAGGAGUUUGUGGGUUUGGAAGGGGCUGACAGUCUACAGUAUGUUCAUCACAUUCAUUAACAGUUGUUUCUUUUCAUAUUUAACAAAAUGAUUUCCAGUUUGAGUGUCCCGUUGUGUUGUAAAGGUAACAGAAUGUCGGGAAGCUGAGAUUUAUGCUCCUGGGGUGACCCCUGAGCCAACAAAGUGUGCAUGCUGACUGCCGUGUGUGACGGCGUACACACUCUUGAGAAGUAGGUCUGCAGUCAAUGCUUUGUUUCGCUGAGUUCCUGGUGCCCUGGCUCGAUGUGACGGUGAAGAGCCACCAAUUUAUGAGACUCAGAAACAGAAGCCUGGCCUCACCUGAGAGACCUGGAGUAGUCCGAGAACAUGCAACUGCGUGGAAGGAAGGACAGGAGUACUUACUCUGUCUCCCUGCUAACCCUAAGAUUCCCAAUUCCAUUAGGCAAACUGGAACGCAGGAACAUUGCACUACCAUGUGCCAAUAAGCUUUGAGAUGUGAUCCCAGUUUGUAGCAUGUGAGGAGGGAGAGAACUAGCCAGGAUGAGGGGGAGGGGAGUGGGGGAAGGAAUUUCUGGUGCCAUCAACCAGUAAAUCUCUGAGGCCACACAGACCCUAAACAAAUGACCAGGGGAGUUUUCAGAACACACUUGUACAGAGGAAAUACAAGACUGGGAAGGUCUUUUAGACACACUUUCAGAAGAACAAUCACAUUUCACUCUGAUCUGACAGGAACAGAAUUUCGGAAACCGGAGAAUGAGCUGAGCAGUUUAUUCUGUCAGAGGCUUUCCACAACUGAAAAUACAAAACAGACAAUGAUGUCAGGGUGAUCGGCAAUAAUAUCUGAUGCAGUGGUGGGCAGUGUGUGAGCACUGGGGUCGAGGAUGACAUCCACGCAGUGACCCUGUGUUUUUCAUGUAUAGGUGCCACAUUAAUGAGUGUAAAUGAUUCAACAUUCGCCUGAUCUGAGAUGUGACAAUGCUCUUUAGCUUCUCACUAAAAUAAAUGUUGUUUUUCUAGAA